CUAUUGUCGCCUUGGCACUUUUGCCAUCGCGACCACAGGGUCGUCAAGCCUCAUGUUAGCAUUCUUCGCGCAUCUUUGAUUGAUAUCACCUAUCCGUGCCUUUCUUUGUUCAUUGGACGACUCGCCGUCUCCAGCCUCCCGGGCAGGCCCCCUCCACGUCGGGCCGACCAUUCCGGGUCACCGAGCCACUGUCUCGGCCAAGAGAACGUCUCAACUGAUUCGGCCACAGAGGCUUGCCCUGGACAGACCUCGUCUCCUCUUUCGUUAUUGGUUACCUCACAUUUUCUCCCCUUGGAUCGAGGCAGAGCCUCUUUUUUCUCCCUCCUCCAUCCGACACUUCGUCCUUUUCUCUGUUUUGAUACUGCAAUAAGGCCUGAUGUGGACACUGGCUCUCUCGACUCAUUUUUCCACACUUUCAUACCGGCACUGUGUGGGCCAAAGCAGGUCUCAGCCUUGGGAAGGAGGGGUGGUGGUGGUGGUGGUGGUGGUGGGUCAGGACGAGUACAUUUCCACGUCACUCGGACGCUGCAUGUGUUCACCUGCAGCUCCGGCGAUAGCUCAAUUCCCAUGACGCUGCGGCACAAAACGCGCUUCUUCACCGUGUCCCGUCAACCCGGUGCCCUAUUGGCUCGUAGGCAGGCCCACCACCACUUGUUCGUAGGGCUCGAUUGCGUUAUCUCAACCCUCGAGGGGCACAGGAUUGGGUCACUCCCCUGA